AUACACAUCACUGCAAUCAUCUUAUCCCUUUGUCUCCUUACUUAAAACACAUCCAAACAAUGGCCCCUCAGGUUGGAAUCAACGGCUUCGGCCGUAUUGGUCGUAUCGUCUUCCGUAACGCCAUCGCCAGCGGUGACGUUGAGGUUGUUGCUGUCAACGACCCCUUCAUUGAGACCCACUAUGCUGCCUACAUGCUUAAGUAUGACAGCACCCACGGUCGCUUCCAGGGCACCAUCGAGACCUACGACCAGGGCCUCAUUGUCAACGGCAAGAAGAUCCGCUUCUUCGCCGAGCGUGACCCCGCUCAAAUCCCCUGGGCUGAGGCCGGCGCUGCCUACGUUGUCGAGUCCACUGGUGUCUUCACCACCACCGAGAAGGCCUCCGCUCACUUGAAGGGUGGUGCCAAGAAGGUCAUCAUCUCUGCUCCUUCUGCUGAUGCCCCCAUGUUCGUUAUGGGUGUCAACAACAAGGAAUACAAGUCCGACAUCAACGUCCUCUCUAACGCUUCUUGCACCACCAACUGCCUUGCUCCCCUUGCUAAGGUUAUCAACGACAACUUUGGCCUCGUUGAAGGCCUCAUGACCACUGUCCACUCCUACACUGCCACCCAGAAGACUGUCGAUGCUCCUUCCUCCAAGGACUGGCGUGGUGGCCGUACCGCCGCUCAGAACAUCAUCCCUAGCUCCACUGGUGCUGCCAAGGCUGUCGGCAAGGUCAUUCCUUCUCUUAACGGCAAGCUCACUGGUAUGUCCAUGCGUGUGCCCACCGCCAACGUCUCUGUUGUCGACCUCACUUGCCGUACCGAGAAGGCCGUCACCUACGAGGACAUCAAGAAGACCAUCAAGGCUGCUUCCGAGGAGGGUGAGCUCAAGGGCAUCCUUGGCUACACUGAGGACGAAAUUGUCUCCACUGAUCUUUGCGGAGAUGCCCACUCCUCCAUCUUCGAUGCCAAGGCCGGUAUCGCCCUCAACGAGCACUUCAUCAAGCUCGUCUCCUGGUACGACAACGAGUGGGGCUACUCCCGCCGUGUUGUUGACCUCAUUGCCUACAUCGCCAAGGUCGAUAGCCAGUAGGAAUCAGGACGGAGACCAGAAACUAGAAGUGUUCUAUAAACAAGACAUUCUAGUCGCCUGACUGUGUUCCACGUUCCCGGAUUAUCAGGUCACCACCCUGAGAAAUUGGCCUGUGGGAUAGCAAAGUGCCCUGUUGACCGGGGAUCUACAUAUCGCAUAAAAAGCAUAUGAUAACGUACUUAUUUAAUGAAAUGAUUUGACGUUCAUACUGGAUAAAA